UGGUAGUCUCCACCCCCCACUCGCUUCGCUUGCUGCUGAGCUUCUCUCCGACGGACGGACGGCCGGCCUACCUAGGGAUUCGCCGGCGGAGAUUGCGUGGGCCGACGGGCGAGGGAGCUGAGCGGCGAUGAGCGCGUCUCGGUUCAUAAAGUGCGUGACGGUGGGGGACGGCGCCGUGGGCAAGACCUGUCUCCUCAUCUCCUACACCUCCAACACCUUCCCCACGGAUUAUGUCCCGACUGUCUUUGACAACUUCAGCGCAAACGUCGUCGUCGAUGGAAGCACCGUCAACCUGGGCUUGUGGGAUACAGCAGGACAAGAGGACUACAACAGGCUACGCCCGCUGAGCUACCGCGGCGCCGACGUCUUCCUGCUCGCCUUCUCCCUCAUAAGCAAAGCAAGCUACGAGAACGUCUCCAAGAAGUGGAUUCCUGAAUUGAGGCACUAUGCUCCUGGUGUGCCCAUCAUUCUUGUUGGCACAAAGCUUGAUCUGCGGGAUGACGAACAGUUUUUCGUGGACCACCCCGGUGCGGUUCCUAUCUCCACCACUCAGGGUGAGGAGCUGAAAAAGGUAAUCGGCGCGACAGCAUACAUCGAGUGCAGUUCCAAAACGCAGCAGAAUAUCAAGGCUGUCUUCGACGCGGCGAUCAAGGUGGUUCUCCAGCCCCCGAAGCAGAGGCGGAGGAAGAGGAAGGCGCGGAAAGGGUGUGCCAUCUUAUGAAAUGGUACGCAGGUAGACUGAACCAGGCCGGUGCCGGGCCAUCUUAUGACUGAAAUGGUACACAAGUAGACUGAGGCAGGCUGGUGCCGGGCAGAUGGUUUUGUAGUCUCUCGCUUCAAAGGACCAUCGUUCCUCGCCUCGCUGUUGUUGUUGUCCGGUUGUAUGCAUGGAAAUUAGUCUGUAAUACAUAUUCAGCCCUGUAAAUGGAGUGCUUGUUUGUGAUGGAUGGUACUGCAGUGUAGUUCAGUGUUCAGGCUGAAAGUAAAACAUCACAGUUCAAUGUUCCGGCCUGUCUUGUAAGAUCCAGGUGAUGCACUUGGUGUGUAGUGCCAUCUACUGUGCUACUGUGCUAUCGAUGGAAAGUAGAAGAUGGAUUUGUGGUCAACAUGUAAUACGUAUAUAGCUUUGCUUGAUGA